ACUAAAGUCAGACACACUGUCAUAAUUCAAACUGUACAGGCAGUGACUUCUUUAGCUCUGAUUUCUGAUCCACCAUGAUGAAGAGGUCUGUGAUCGUUUCACUGUGUGCUCUGUUCACCCUCACCCAACAGGCACCUUCUGUUGAUAACUGUGCGUGUGAGUUGACUCAUUCAGAGACGGUAUUCCCUCAUGAUAAACUCAACAAAGUGAAGGACAGUGCAUCACAAUGCAACAGCAACAUCAACAGACGGAAGACUCUGGAGCUGGACAAGCUGCUGCAGGGUUUGGAGGAGCGUCUGCCCCAGCUGCAGAAAGAUUUAUCACAGCUGGAAAUGGAGGAUGAUGAAGACCUCUAUGAAGUUCUCAGCCUGUAUGUGAUAGAGAAUGAACUGAGGGAGGUCAACCAGCUCAUCAACAGGCUCAACAUGACCACCCGGACACACCAGCAUCUGGCUAAUCACACCACUAAACAGCUGGAGGACCUGAGGGUGGAGAUGCAGGAGCUGGAGACGUACGACACCAUGCAGGUGAUGAAGACACAACAAGACAACCAGCGUAUGAUGAAAGACCUGAACCAGUGCAAGACUGGACAUCACUCCAUCGUCAAACCCACUCAGCCUCCACCUGGUAACUGCCCCCAUGGUAAAUUUCUAAACAUUACUGGGCCGAGGCUGAACACACAAGGAGAGUAUCCUGGCUCCUACCACUAUGGAGCCUGGGGCCGGGAUCCCAAACCAGAGGCGGGGAAGAAGAAAUGGUAUUGGCUGGUAAUGUUGACAUCCGAAAACAAAUUCUCCAACUACGUCCGUCUCUACUCCAGCCUGAGCGCUCUCGUUGUUGGGAUUAGUGCACCUGGUGAUGUCCAGAUCCACACUUCUAACCCAACCACCAACACCAUCCAGGGUCCAAAUGUUGUGUUGUAUGGAGGAGCAUUGUACUACAACUGCUACAAUCAACCUGCUGUUUGUCGAUUCAACCUCACCGCCAAAACUGUUAGCACCUUACAGCUGUCCAAAGGCACCAGGUAUAACUCAAAUGGUAACUUCUGUCACCUUGACUCAUGCUACCUGUUCACCGACCUGGACCUGGCGACAGAUGAGUCAGGCGUCUGGGUGAUUUAUACCACCACACAGGACUUUGGCAACCUGGUGCUAUCCAAGGUGGAGGACGGUGAACCCCCAAGGCUCGGCCAAACCUGGCGCACCUUGGUCUACAAGAGGGGUGUGACAAACACCUUCAUGGCCUGUGGCGUGCUUUAUGCCACGCGGUACGUCAACAAAGAUGUGGAGGAGAUCUUCUAUUCGUUUGACACCACAACCGGGGAGCAGAAGUUCAACGUCGGUAUCUUCAUCAACAAGAUGUCUCCUAACAUUCACGCCCUGAACUACAGCCCUGUGGACCAGAUGCUGCACACCUACUGUGACUCCAACAUGGUCUCCUAUAAGGUUUUAUUUAGUGGGACGGCCCCGAAGCCUCUAGACCGACCUCCUAUGUUUCUUGAUCUUGGGAGUGGCUCAGCAGAAGAUAUGAAUGACACCUUGCUUGACGUGGAAGACCCCUGGGAUGAUGUGAAUGAGUGGUGGAAAGCAUAAUGACAAUCUUUACUCAAGUAAAAGUAAAAAGUAGUUACAACAAACCUGCUCACGUAAAAAUAUACAAGUGC